AUGCAAUCGCUGCCACGGGAUCGGCCCGAGGCUCGCCUCUGCGGGACCAACGGGAAGGAAGAGGAAGUCGACUCGGGUGACGACUGUUAAAGUGUGACGCGAGCAAAGUCGCCGGCGGCCGAGUGCGUGACAUUUCUUCUCCAAUCGGACCCAGGGCCGAUGGAAGAGGAGUUUAAUUGGCAGGAACACAUGGAGGAGAUGGGGGCCACCGCCGCGCCGCACACCGCCUUCAAACACGUGGAGGUGAGCCUACAGAGCAGCUUCCAGCCCGGUAUGAAGCUGGAGGUGGCCAACAAGGGCGCCCCCGACACGUACUGGGUGGCCACCAUCGUGGCCACGUGCGGCCAACUCUUGCUGCUGCGCUUCAGCGGCUACGGUGACGACCGGCGGGCCGACUUCUGGUGCGACGUGACGGCGGCCGAGCUGCAUCCGGUGGGCUGGUGCGCCCGCAACCUCAAGACGCUGGCGCCGCCACAAGCCAUCGAGGAGAAACACGGCGACUGGACCGAGUUUCUGGUGGCCGACCUGACCGGCUCCAGGACUCCGCCCGCCAACUUGCUGGAGGGGCCGCUGCGAGGGAAGAACACGGUGGAUCUGAUCGUCCGAGGGGCCGUAUUGGAGCUGCGCGACGCGUCGGACCCUUUCGUAUAUUGGCCGGCGCGCGUGGUCCGCAACGUGGGCGGCCGCCUGCGUCUCCGCCUCGCCGGGCUGUCGGACGAGCACCGGGCUCGGGACGCCUGGCUUUUCUACUUGGACGUCCGGCUGCGGCCGUUUGGGUGGGCGGGGGAGAACCGGCUGGCCUCGGAGCCGCCCGCAGAAUGGCGCGCCCUGAAGAGCGCCGCCGAUUGGCAGCGAGCUUUGGAAGACGCCCGGCGAGACGCCGAGACCCGCGCCGUGCCGCUCGAAGUGUUCAAGGACCACACGGACCUGCCCGCGCACGGCUUCGAGUUGGGCGUGAAGCUCGAGAUGCUUUUUCCGUGGGAGCGCUCGCGGAUCUGCCCGGUUACGGUCACCGAGGUCUUCAACGAGCACUACUUUCAGGUGACGGCGGACGACCUCUCGGGCGACGCCGAGCCGCGUUCGGCCUUGUGCCACGCCAACUCGGCGGGCAUCGUGCCCGUCCAGUGGUGCCUGAAGAACGGGGCCGUUCUAGAGAGGCCGCCCGGCUACCCGGAUCAGGACUUUGACUGGGCCGACUACCUGAAGCGGUGCGGCGCCGAAGCCGCGCCCGACACCUGCUUCUCUAACACGUGGCGGACGCGGGCCUUCGCGGAGGACACGUGGCUAGAGGCGGCGCACCCGGAGAGGCCGGAUGAGAUUUGCGUCGCCCGGAUCACUCGCGUUCGAGGACGCUUCCUCUGGCUGCGGCUAGAAGGCGUGGCCAAGAAUGUCAGCGAGACCAUUGUGGACGUCGAGUCCACGGACAUCUUUCCUGUCGGUUGGUGCGAGGCCAACGCUUACCCUUUGAAUCCGCCAAUCAAACCCUCCUGUGGAAAGCAACGCAAAAUUGCAGUGGUCCAGCCAGAGAAACAAUCGGCGCCGCCCCGACCCGUCCAACCGCCGUCCGUCAAUCACUGCCCGCCCGCCUCUAACGAGCCAGGCAACGGUCGAUACUGCUGCUCCAAGGUUUUUGUCAACCACCGCUGCUUCUCGGGACCGUACCUCAACAAGGGCCGCAUCGCCGAACUUCCCCAAGCGGUGGGACCUGGAAAAUGCACUCUGGUCCUCAAAGAAAUGCUCUCCAUGCUCAUCAACUCCGCCUACAAGCCCGGGCGGGUCCUCAAGGAGCUGCAGGAACUGGAGGAUCCCACCUGGGACUGUCAGGAGGAGACCUUGAAAGCCAAAUAUAAAGGGAAAACGUACCGCUCCAGCAUCCGAAUCGUCCGGCUGGCCGAGCUCAUCCCGGACUUUUGCCGCAAAGUUUGCAUCAAGCUGCAGUGCUGCCCCAACCUCGUCGGACCCACGCUCGUCCCGGAAAAGUGCCCGGAGAGCUGCUUUGUCCAGACCAAAACCAAAUACACUUAUUAUUACGGCAAGAAGAGGAAGCUGUCCAAGCCGCAGGGAGGGGAGGACGAGCCGCUUAGACCCAAACGCAAGAAAAGGAAGAGCAUCUUCGUGCAGAAGAAGCGGCGCACGUCAGCGGCGGAUUUGACCGCCGCCGGCUCGGCCCAGGAAAGCGAGGAAGGCGAAGCGGACGCCGCGUCGCCGCCGUCGGGAAGCGAAGGAACCAGCUCGGAGGCCCGCGACGACUUGACCGACGCGUCGGUGGCGGACGCCGCCGGAGGACGCCCGCGCCGCGCCGUUGCGCCGGGCGGAUCCGACGGUCACGUUCGGGAGGGUCGGCGGAGGUCUGCGCGCCAGCUGCCCGGCAAGUAUCAAGCGCCCAAAGAAGACGAUGAGGAGGAGGAAGAGGAAGAACCCCUGGUUCUGGACAGAAACCCUCUGGAAUGGAGCGUGCAGGAAGUGGUCCAGUUCAUCGGCUCCACCGACUGCGCGUCGCUGGCAAACAUCUUCCAAGAGCAGGACAUCGACGGCCAGGCCAUGCUGCUGCUGACUCUGCCCACCGUGCAGGAGUGCAUGGACCUGAAGCUCGGGCCCGCCAUCAAACUGUGCCACCACAUCGAGCGCGUCAAGGUGGCCUUUUACAGACAGUACGCCAACUGA